CCGGUAAUUGCGUCAAAUGUGUGGAGCGCAGCAGUGAAGAAGACUACAUUAGCUUCCAAAAGGGGCUCCAGUGCAUGUCGAACAUUGGCCGCAUUGGUGGGAAACAAGCGGUGAUGUAUUCGCCCGCUUGCCUGAAGCAGCACGGCGAUGUCCAACACGAACUACUGCAUGUCUUGGGAUUUUUUCACGAACAUUCCCGAUCGGACAGGGACGAAUAUGUUAUCAUCAUCUGGGACAACAUUGCCAAAAGCGAUAAGGAGCAGUUUGCCAAGCACGAAGACGGCAACACGUACGGACUGCCGUACGACUACGAAUCGGUCAUGCAUUAUAAGCACAACGCCUUCGCUAAGGACAGUGGUAUCCCGACGAUUCUCCCAACAAACAAAAAGUCCAGAAUCGGGCAGAAUAAAGACCAGAGUCCGCUGGAUGUCGUCAGAAUACACCGAAGGUUUCGGUGUGCGAUUGCCGAUCCGAAAAGCUUUGCAG